AUGCGGCAAGUUGAAGAAAGGCAUGUUGCUUAUCAAGUCGAUCUUAUGGUUUGGAGUAACCGAUUGGAUUUAUUAGCAAUAAGCAAUUUCAAAGGGGAAGUGCAGGUACAUAGAUUACAUUGGCAAAAGGUGUGGAAUUUACCUCCUCCAAAAGAAAAUGUAACAGUUCAAGCUAUUGCUUGGCGGCCUGAUGGAAAAGCCCUUGCCAUCGGUUACAGUUUUGGGAGUGUUUAUGUUGUGGAUAUAGAAGAUAAAGAAAUUUUAGACAAAUAUGAAUUUAACAUUGGUACUGCAGAAGACUUGCAUGAUUUGAAAAAUGUUGGCAUUACCUGCAUUACCUGGGCUGUAAAGGCUGGAAUGUUGGACAGUGCUACAGAGUAUAAUGUUUAUGAUGAUGCAACAAUAUUUUUGCAAAAACCACCAUCAUCUAGUACUUCAUAUAAAAGUCAGGGAUCAGAUGACACUGUAAAAAGUUUUAAAGAAAUACCAGAACCUUCACAAUUGAGCAUGUUAAUAAUUGGAUAUGGAACUGGCAACAUUUAUAUGAGUGUAUUUGGUAGAUAUCCAUAUGGUACCAUCAACUUAGCUCAUCUAGUUAAUGAUGAGUAUGGUGAAUAUAAAGUACUGGAUAUAAAUUUGUCAAAUGAUUUUAGUGCAAUGCAGGUUCUUUACUUGGAUGGAAUCACAAAUAAUGUAUAUUUAACAGUCAUUAAUACAAGUGUAUUGUCGGCAUAUUCUGAAGAAUUGUUUGUAGUAGCUAAUAAACAUAGUCAAGUUGUUCAACUUUUAUCACAUCUUGACCAAACAAUGAUUGCAAUAACUGAAGCUUGGGAACAUAUUUUAUUAGAAAUGGAUUCAAAAAUGGCAUACUAUGCAUCUUCAGUGCCUCAAGGUGGAGUUUCAGCAGAUUUAUUAGAGUUACUUAUGCUAGGUGUUCCAUCUGAUGAACUUGAAUUAUUUUUACUUCAAGAAUUGACAGCAAAAGGACUGAAAAAAUUUGGCAGUUCAGUUGAAUUAAGCUACUCAACUAUCCAAAAACUAGUUUUAAAACAGCUUAAUAUUGUUGGUCAUAAUUUAGCUUACUACCUUUCUGACUUAAGAGGACUUACACGAAUACCUGACAGAUUUAAGAUUUUAGGUCUGGAUGAAGCUAUUGUUACUCAAUCUAUCAAGGCAUGCUGUGCAUUUUUAAACAAAUGCUUGGAACUACAGCAAGUAAUUGAUGUAUCAAUGCGUAAUUACAAAGCAUUUUUUCGAUGGCUAUUUGUUGUUAUAAUACGAUUGUUAGAUGAACAGACACCUAGUGAAAUUGUUAAAAUGACACAACAAGAACUUACUCAUAUAGCUGAAUUUCUGUAUAAUUUUGACAAUGUUCAAACUGAGAAUAGUGAUAGUGCAACAGAAAAGCCAGUUAAAUUUAAUCUCGAAAGGCUAGGUCAAUACUUACAAGAUCAAGAACUGACAAUACUUCCUGAUGAUGAAGAUAAUCCAUGGCAUAAAUUUUUAAAGGAUAAUGCAUGCUUGGUUAAUGAUAGUGAAACAAUAUUUUCAAUGACUGAAUUCAGAAAAUUUUCUUUGGUUCAGCAACAGAAAUACUUGAAAAAUGCAAUAAAUCAAGUAUUUGAUGUCACUGGUAGAAAUAUCAACAAGUAUUUUUCUGUAAUUUAUAACAUUAAAUGCUAUGAAGAAAGAGAACAAAAAGUGAACUUAAGAAAUAAUUUAAGAAUUUCACAGAUUUAUGAUCCAUCUCAAGAAAGGUUUUUGAUGUCACUAAUAGAUACAAAUAAAGUUGGUGAUGGAAUAUGCUUUAUGUCUAUUCAACUAAAAGAAAAGAUGUGUACAGCAGUAGCUGUGAAAUAUUAUUUUUCAUCAAGUUUAUUACAAGAAGGAAGUCAUAGCCUUUUAGAUGAUGCAGUUGAAAUAAUGGAUGCACAGUUUUAUUCAGCUGAAUAUCUUUCUGUACUUAUAAAACAUCCUCAUAAUGAAGACAACACAAUUUUCAUUCAGCUACCAUUAAAAAUUGCCUUAGAAAAUGCAAAUGAUUUGAACGUAAAGUCUAAAGCUGGUGUUUUCAAUAACAAAACAACAAGAAAAAAUAUUUCGAUCUUAUUAGAUCAUAGUGUCUAUAAAGUACUGGAAAAAAUGGAUGGUUUUAGAAUAGGUGUAUCUGGUGGCCGUAAGGUUGCCGUGGUUUUAUCAAAGACUUACAGAAAAGUUAGAGUAUUUGAAAUGGAAGUAAAUGGAGAGGACGAAGAGGACGAAACAUUAGAUGUCACUCCUCAAUCGCAGACAGCCCAUGCAAGUGAUAACAGUCAAAUGACUCCUGAUAAGCAAGACGCUACAACAGAAGAUUUAAACUUCUAA